AUGAAGGAUUCAGGACAGGCUAUUCCACUUGUAGUAGAAAGCUGCAUUCGUUACAUCAAUUUGUACGGCCUUCAGCAGCAGGGCAUUUUCAGAGUCCCUGGCUCCCAGGUGGAAGUCAACGACAUCAAGAAUUCGUUUGAGAGAGGUGAAGAUCCCCUUGCUGAUGAUCAAAAUGAACGUGACAUUAAUUCAGUGGCUGGAGUCUUGAAGCUGUAUUUCCGAGGACUGGAAAACCCCCUCUUUCCUAAGGAAAGGUUUCAAGAUUUGAUAUCUACUAUAAAAAUCGAGAACCCCACUGAGAGAGUGCACCAGAUCCAGCAAAUCAUCGUCACUCUGCCCCGGGCUGUCAUCGUUGUCAUGAGAUAUCUUUUUGCUUUCCUUAAUCACUUGUCGCAGUACAGCGAUGAGAACAUGAUGGAUCCCUACAACCUGGCCAUCUGCUUUGGGCCCACUCUGAUGCACAUUCCAGAUGGGCAGGAUCCGGUGUCCUGCCAAGCCCAUGUCAAUGAGGUCAUCAAAACCAUCAUCAUUAACCAUGAGGGCAUCUUCCCCAGCCACAGAGAUCUGGAAGGACCUGUCUAUGAGAAGUGCAUGACUGGAGGGGAGGAGUACUGCGACAGCCCGCACAGCGAGCCAGGCACCAUUGAUGAGGUUGACCAUGACAACGGCACGGAGCCACACACCAGUGAUGACGAAGUGGAGCAGAUUGAAGCCAUAGCAAAGUUUGACUACAUUGGACGAUCUCCACGAGAGCUCUCCUUUAAGAAAGGGGCCUCACUCCUCCUGUACCAUCGGGCAUCAGAAGACUGGUGGGAAGGGAGACAUAAUGGUGUGGAUGGCCUCAUACCCCACCAGUACAUUGUGGUGCAAGACAUGGAUGAUGCGUUCUCCGACAGCCUGAGCCAGAAGGCGGACAGCGAGGCAAGCAGCGGCCCACUGCUGGACGAUAAAGCCUCCUCCAAGAACGACAUCCAGUCUCCGACAGAUCAUAUUGUGGACUAUGGCUUUGGGGGAGUAAUGGGCCGAGUGAGAUUGAGGUCUGACGGUGCAGCUAUCCCUCGCCGUCGAAGCGGGGGGGACACCCACAGCCCGCCCCGAGGGAUGGGUCCUGGCAUAGACACUCCUCCUCGAGCAGCGGCCUGCCCUAGCAGCCCCCACAAAAUACCUCUUAACAGGGGCAGGAUUGAGAGUCCUGAAAAGCGCAGAAUGGCGACAUUCGGCAGUGCAGGCAGCAUCAAUUUCCCAGACAGGAAGGCCUUGUCUGAUGGCCACCCGCUGAGAUCGACCUGUGGAUCGACUAGACACAGUAGUCUUGGAGAUCAGAAAUCUCUAGAAGCAGAAGCGCUUGCUGAGGACAUCGAGAAAACCAUGAGCACGGCACUGAAUGAGCUGCGGGAGCUGGAGAGGCAGAACACGGCCAAGCAGGCCCCUGACGUGGUCCUGGACACGCUGGAGCCCAUG